AUGGCCAAUUACUAUAAAGUCAAGGCAGUGGACAUGACCAUUUUCAACAUCCCUGGGAGCAGGACCCAGGUGGAGAGGCCCCUGGUGAGAUUGCAGGACAAACAGGUGAGUGUUAGCGGGAGCAACGGGACAACUAUCCCCUAUUUCCUGCAAUGGCAGGUGGCCUCUGACCAGUAUCAGUCUCUGAGAAUGAGCGACUUGACCAGCAGGUGCUACUGCAAAAUCAGCUCCUGGAUCAACUGCAGCGAGAAUGAAUCAGGACAAGGGAUUGGGCGACAGGCACUCCCAGGGUUGUCACAGGUGCAGGCGCAGUGCACCUGCAGCGACAGCUCCUUCCUGCAGCACUGGGCCACCGCCCAACAGCACCUGGGCUCUGGGAAGGAGCAGCUGCCUCACAAGAAAGAUGAAGAAAAGGAAGAUUUAGAGACAACAAGGCGGGUUGCUCAGUCAGCCCUGCAGGAGAACUGGAAGCGGCAGUUCUCCACCCCUGAAAUGGCAGAGACCCUGAAAAGGAUGCCGGUGCACGACGAAAAGGUGCAGUGCCAGUGGCUUCCGGGGGGAAUUUUCUGCUGGUGCAGAGAGCAGAAGUACGAUUAUGAAAGUCUGCCAACGACGUCCGUGAUCAUCGUGUUUUAUAACGAAGCUUGGUCAACCCUCUUUCGCACCGUUUACAGUGUCCUCGAGACGUCCCCAGACAUCCUGCUGGAGGAGGUCAUCCUGGUGGAUGAUUACAGCGAUAGAGAGCACCUGAAGGAGCGCCUGGAAGCCGAGCUGGCCCACCUGCCCAAGGUGCGCCUCAUCCGUGCCACCAAGAGGGAGGGCCUGGUGCGCGCCCGGUUGCUCGGGGCUUCGGGGGCCAAGGCCGAUGUCCUCACCUUCCUGGACUGCCACUGCGAGUGCCACGAGGGCUGGCUGGAGCCGCUGCUGCAGAGGAUCGGGGAGGAGGAGACGGCGGUGGUGUGCCCCGUGAUCGACAUGAUUGACUGGAACACUUUUGAGUACCUGGGCAACUCCGGAGAGCCUCAGAUCGGUGGCUUUCACUGGUGCCUGGUGUUCACGUGGCACGUGGUCCCUGAGCGGGAGCGGAAGCGGAUGCAGUCCCCCAUCGAUGUCAUCAGGUCCCCGACAAUGGCUGGUGGGCUGUUUGCUGUGAGUAAGAAAUAUUUUCAGUAUCUGGGGUCUUAUGAUACAGGAAUGGAAGUUUGGGGCGGAGAAAACCUCGAAUUCUCCUUUCGGAUCUGGCAGUGCGGUGGGACCCUGGAGACACACCCCUGCUCACACGUCGGCCACGUCUUCCCCAAGCAAGCUCCCUACUCACGCAAAAAGGCUCUGGCCAACAGUGUCCGCGCUGCCGAAGUGUGGCUGGAUGAGUUCAAGGAGCUCUUCUACCACUGCAACCCCCACGCACGCCUGGAGUCCUUUGGAGAUGUGACCGAGAGGCAGCAGCUCCGUGAGAAGCUCAAGUGUAUGGACUUCAAGUGGUUCCUGGAGAACGUGUAUCCUGAGCUGCACGUGCCCGAGGACCGGCCCGGCUGCUUCGGGAUGCUCCACAAUAAAGGACUGCAAGGACUUUGCUUUGACUAUAAUCCUCCUGAUGAAAACCAGAUUGUAGGGCACCAGGUUAUUCCGUACACCUAUCACGGCCUGGGCCAGAACCAGUUCUUCGAGUAUACAUCCCGGAAGGAGAUCUGCUACAACACCCACCAGCCCGAGGGGUGCUUGGCGGUGGAGGCGGGCGGGGAGAGCCUGAUCAUGGAGCUCUGCCAGGACCCGGUCCCCGAGAACCACUACUUCCUCCUGCACCCGGAUGGUUCUUUGUUUCACGAACAGUCGAAGAAAUGUGUUCAGGCCGAGAAGGAAUCCAACGACAAGUUUGUCCCACUCUUACGGGACUGCACCCUCUCAAGCCGUCAGCAGUGGUUCUUCCAGGAACAGAUGCUAUGA